UGCCGCAGGAAGUGAAGUCAGCGAUGGGCGGAAAUUCGUUCGGCAGGAAAGGGCGGAAGUAGCUCAGAGUAGUUUAGCUGAUGAAGAGGCCGCGAUGGAGAUGGGAACUGUUGUGAUGGAACCCAGUGUAGAAGGAAAAUGCGGGUCCCCAGUAGAAGAAUUGGACAGUGAAGUUUACACAAGGUUUAUGAAGAAUCACAAAUGCUAUGACCUUGUCCCCAUCAGCUCAAAACUUGUAGUAUUUGAUACAUCUCUUCAGGUAAAGAAAGCCUUCUUUGCUUUAGUCAGUAAUGGUGUGAGAGCCGCACCUUUGUGGGACAGCAAGAAGCAGAGUUUUGUAGGCAUGCUUACCAUCACAGACUUCAUUAAUAUUCUUCAUCGAUACUACAAAUCUUCUAUGGUGCAAAUUUAUGAGCUGGAGGAACAUAAGAUAGAGACUUGGAGAGAAGUGUAUUUACAAGACUCUUUCAAGCCUUUGGUCAGCAUAUCACCCAGUGCUAGCCUAUUUGAUGCAGUUUCGUCUCUGAUUAAAAAUCGCAUUCAUCGUUUGCCUGUCAUUGCUCCAGACUCCGGAAAUACACUGUACAUAUUAACACACAAGAGGAUUCUCAAGUUUCUUAAACUUUUUAUGUCUGAACUGGAAAAGCCAGCUUUUGUGAACCAAACGUUAGAGCAGCUGAAGAUUGGAACAUACGAUAACAUUGCUAUGGUGCAUCCCAACACUCCUGUCUAUGUUGCUCUGGGUAUUUUUGUUCAGCGCCGUGUAUCUGCUUUACCUGUUGUUGAUGAGUCUGGGCGUGUGGUGGAUAUUUAUUCCAAGUUUGAUGUCAUUAAUUUAGCUGCUGAGAAAACUUACAAUAAUUUGGAUAUCACCGUGACAAAGGCCCUUGGACAUCGCUCUCAUUACUUUGAAGGUGUCCUAAAAUGUUACCCACAUGAAACCCUUGAAACCAUCAUCAACCGGCUCGUUGAAGCAGAGGUACACAGACUGGUUGUAGUGGAUAAGAAUAAUGUGGCUAAAGGAAUUGUUUCUCUCUCUGACAUCCUGCAGUGUUUGGUUUUAACAGCUGGAGGUUCCCAAAGUUCAUGACUGGCACAUAUGUAGUUCGCCACUGCAAUGAUGCAGUAUCGAGACAGACAACGACCUUUGCACUUCUCAGAAUUCAACGACCUCCACAAAGUUUCAGCACCGAGAAUAUCCCAUUAUUCACCUGGAGGUGGAAAGAAUGGAUUCGCCACCAGCCAAAAAUAACCAAGCAUUCUGUUAUGCAGCAGCAUUGAUCUUCAGCAAUACUAUGGGGCAUUACUAAGGAUUUACCAAUAAUUUCAUGAUCGUGAACUUUGUAGUCCAAUAAGAGGAUUACACAGUAUUGAGUUAUUGUCAGAGUUUUUUUUUUUAUAGCACUAUUAAUUAUUUUUUUACCAUACUGUUCACAAAGUAGAAGACAGAUGGCCUGAAGGUUAGAUGCAGUUUUCACCUAGAAUUUCGUGUGGCUUCUACAUACAGUGUUGGCCCCUGUACACAGUGUUGGCCCCUGUAACAAGUUUACUGCAUUUGAAAGUCUGGUAUUGGAGUCGUAGCACAAUAUUUUACACAAAGCCGUUAAUAGUUUGCACUUGGCAGAUGGGAGUGACACAUGCCACUUUAAUGUUUUAUAUAUUAUUUUUCUGUAAGGGUCUCAGUUAAGCAGUUAUGUUUCCAUUGUUUAUACUUCCUUUUCCUGAGAACUCAGCAACGCUGGCAUUUUUACUACAUAAAUAUUUUCCAAAGUUUCUGUGUUUUUAACAAGAUUUAGUGUCCAUAAAAUUGUAUACCAGUAAUAAAAUUAGCUUUUUCCUAAA